GGGGGAGGAAAAUGUUAAAUUACCCCAUCUUUAACGAUUGAAAUCGUUUGCAGUGAAGCAAAACGCUGUCGACUGUUCGCUGCUCAUUACAAGUGUAGCGAGUGGGUCGGACAAAUAACGCAAAGUGAAGCAAAGUGAGUGAGAUAAAAAUAAAUCCUACCGUUUUCCACCACGCCAGGGUAUGCCAGUGCAAGAUCACUUUUAUGACACAUUUCGUGCAAUCGCGUGAAGAGCAGAACAAAACGCAAACUCGAGGUCGUGAUUUCGUGUGUCGUCGUGGAACCAGCAAGCCGCAAGUGAUAUUUGAAAUAAAAACGGUGUCACAUUUUAUUACCCAACCGGUGUGUUAAAGUGCGCGCGUGUGUGUGUUUAUAUUUAUAUAAGCGUUUGUUAUUGUUAUUUUCGUUGUGCUAACACACCGACCAGUUCCAACGCUUGAUCGCCGAGUGCAAGCAAAAAGCAAUCAAAAUUGCACGCAAACUCAUCAUGGCCUUACAGAAGAAGUUUUCCAGCAACGAUAUGGAGCUGAUAUCGAUCAACAAAGUUAAUAAUAAUGGUGGCGGCGGUGGCGGUGGAGCCGGUGGCAGCGGGCCACCGAGUGCCACCGAUCCAAACGGCAACGGGCUGUCGAGCAUUAUGAGCGUCGGUGGGAUCGGUGGGGGCAGCGGCAGCAACAACAACAGUGUGAAAAUGCCAUCGAAAAAGAUCCAGUUCAGCAAUCCCGAGUUUAGCAUUACGCCGAUCGAAACACUGCCGGGCAGCACGGUACGGCCAGCGCCGAGUCGGCGAAGGGAGGAAGCGAUCGUGAUGGCCAACCUUCGGAAGCGUGUCGCGGCCUGUGAUUUGAACAAAAACGUACGCAAACCGGGCGGCCCUGGUGGUGCAGCUGCUGCGGGGACUUCAGGUGUAAAUCUCGAUGACAUCAGCAUCAAUGACACAGGGCAAACGCAGGACGCGCUCGACAAUCGUCCCCUGCUGCCGAAAUCGACACCGACCGAACAGCGCAAGGACCGGUCGGGCGGCAAGCAGAACGGAACGGACGCUGCCGGAGCGUCGACCAGUGGUGGUGGUGGUGGUGAAGACUCGCCCAAGGUAAAGAUCGUGAUGGACAAGGAGUUCAUCUUCGAGUGUCUGUGCUGGCACAACGAGUACCGGAUGCGGCACGGGGCGCCCGCGCUGAGCGUUUCGUCCGAGCUGUGCGAGUACGCGAAACAGUGGGCCAACCAUCUGGCGAGCACGAACGAGCUGUACUACCAGAGCGGCACCAACUAUGGGCAGAACAUCUUCUGCUGCCCUGCCAACAGUCUGCUGACGGAUCUUUCUGGUCAAGAGGUGGCCACGUACUGGUACAGCACCAGCCGACGGUACGACUUCUUCAAGGAGCCCCAUCUGCUGCACACCAACGUCAACACCGGCCACUUCUCGCAGAUGGUGUGGCGGGCCAGCCGGUACUUCGGCGUCAGCAAGUCCAUCUCCAAAACGGGCAAGCUGUUCGUGGUCGCGUACUACUACCCGGCCGGCAACGUCAUGGGUGAGUUCCGACCGAACGUGCUGCCCCCGAUCGUGACGAACGAUCAGGAGGGCGGUCAGCAGCCGGCCCACACCCUUUCCCGGCCACCAUCCGCCAAGGAUCUGGAGAAUCUGAGCGCUUCCCACUGAGUAAAUAAGAAACGGUGUUCCAUAAUGUAACAGAUAACGCACUUCCUGAGCAAAGCGCUAGCCGAGUGGAUGAAGUCGGUCACGGUGUGGCGGGGCGGUGGUGCCGGCGGAUAAUCCUUCCCCGAACGCCGCCGAGAUGCCCCUUGCCCGCGCCGGCUAGAACACGAUGCUAAUGAGGCUCUUCGUCUGCAGCAGUUGUCGCGCACUUCUUCGUACGCAAAUCCUUCCGAAAGACUUCGGCUCCAUGCACCUCAACCAUUCGAAGGGGAAGGUGUUUGGUGAUUGUUGACGCUAAUGUUUGGAUCACUGUGAACGCCUCGAGAGGAUCUUGAUCCUGCUCGGGAAGAGUCUUCCAUACUCGAUUCAUGCUUACGCUUCUGAAAAAAAACUUCGAACUAGAACACUUUA